AUGGGAAUCAGACGCGACACAUUUGCGAAGUCGGCAACUUCGUCGCGCUCCACCGAGACCUUGACUCAGGAAUUUGGUCAGCUUCAUGUAUUAGAUGACUUGAUUCGCCUUCGUGCCAAAGAUGACAUUCAAACUCCAAUUCUGGCCUACCCGAGCUGCAAUGGCGAGGCAGCGUCCUAUACGUAUUAUAACGGCCAGCAGAUGGACAGGAUGAUCGAUGAAACCGCCAAAAGACUGAUGGAAGAUGGGUUCAGAUCGCCGAAACCAGACAGAGCCACAGUAGGGCUGCUCACCUUGUCAGAUCUGAACAUGGUCAUUACGAUCUUCGCACUGAGUCGACUGGGAUACACCGUCAUGAUCCUGUCCCCUCGUCUAUCGGGAGAUGCAUGUGUAGCCUUACUCAACACCGUCGGUUGCGAUAAUAUCCUGUACGGCAACAUUGGCAGCAUCCGCACCACGAUGGGUGAAGUCCUGCAACGCAAACUGAUCGCCUGUCGCCCAAUGCCUGCUCUCAACACGAGCCCGAAGAAGUUGUCGCCGGCUCUGCACAGGAACCGAAAUCCCAAGGCCCAACGCGAUAAGAUUGCUUUGAUCCUGCACUCAUCUGGCUCGACUGGCAACCCCAAACCCCUGUAUCUCACCCACCGAGCACUCAUGACGCAUCCAUUGAAGGGACCAGGAAUGACUUCCUUUAAUCCACUCCCCUGGUACCACCUUCACGGCAUCUCAACCGCAUUACAGGCAAUGUGGAUGAGGAAAACGGCCUUCAUGUGGAAUGCAUCCUUGCCUCUGACGGCGGACUCGAUCGUGACAGCUCUUCAAGAGGCCAAACCAGAAUACGUGGCUGCAGUUCCGUAUAUGUUGCAGAUGUUAGUGGAUAGUCCCCGUGGCAUUGAGGCGCUUCGAGGCUGUCGGCUCGUUGGAUACGGUGGAGCACCAUGCCCCGACGAGCUUGGGGACCGUCUCGUGCGCGAAGGGGUUUCUUUUGGAGGUUCAUUUGGCCUCACAGAGGCUGGACUCGUCGCCGAGUCCAUCUCUCGACCGAAAGGCGACCCGUACUGGAAUUAUUUGAAAUUCUUUGAGACCAUCCAGCCUUACGUCUGGAUGAAACCUCUCGGGAGUAACCUGUUUGAAUGUGUCUAUCUUGCUGGACAUCCAGCAUUGACGACGUCGAACUCCGAUGACCCGGCUGGCUCAUUUCAUUCGAAGGACGUGUUCACUCCUCACUCCAGCAUUCCCCAGCGAUGGAAGCAUGUCUCGCGAAUCGAUGACCGUAUCACACUCACCAAUGGAGAGAAAGUCCUGCCCCUUCCGAUUGAAGGCUGCAUCAAACAAAACCAUCUCAUCCAGGAAGCAGUCGUGGUGGGAUUGAAUAAAUCAUCUCCCGGAUUGCUGGUCUUCCGCUCGCAAGAAGCGGACGAAGCUGAUCUCUCGGAAGAAGAGUAUUUUGCUGCGAUUUGGCCGACCAUCGAACUGGCCAAUUCUCGCGCAGAGCAUUUCUCCCGCAUUGCCAAAGACAUGAUUGCUGUGUUGCCGUCCGAUUCGAAGUUCCCCCGGACCGACAAGGGGUCGAUGAUCCGGGAACAGGUCAAUUCGCAAUACGCAGAGGUGAUCGAAAGGAUCUACUCCGGCGAGGAGAAGCAGGGCGGUCUUCGGGUGGGUGUUGAUGAAACGCGAUCGGUGAUCAUGGACUUGUGUCAGAGCGAGCUGGGUGUCCCCCUGUCUGGUGCAGAAACCAGCUUCUUCUCGGAGGGAGUGGACAGUCUCAAGGCAAUUCACCUCCGCCGACUGAUCCUGCAGAGCUUCGAACUGCCAAAGGAACGACUCCCACAAAAUGUGGUGUACGAUACUGGAAGCGUUGCUCGCCUUGCAGAGCACAUUUGCGCAGCGCAGAGCGGCAAAGAGACUCCCAGCAAAGACGAUAAUGAGGCUAUGCUCGAGCUCGUCCAGAAAUAUUCCACUUUCUCACAACACACACCUUGCGGAUCUUCACCGAGCUCCAGCAGUGCUAUCCUCACUGGAGCAACUGGCUCAAUCGGUGCGCACACGUUAUACGAGCUUCUGAACGAUGAAUCUAUAUCCACCGUCUUCUGUCUCACUCGACGCAAAGACCCAUUAGACGCCAUCCUCCGCAGUCUCAGUGAAAAGGACCUCCACAUAACUCCGGAACAAGCAUCAAAUAUCGUCGCUCUGAACAGUGCCCUCGAAAAGCCAGACUUCGGCCUGGACGAAAAAGUACUGACUUGCAUGCGUCAAUCCGUCACACAAAUAUACCACGUCGCCUGGCCUGUGAACUUCAAUCUCCCACUUGGCCAGUUCGAGCCUCACCUCCGUGGACUCUACAACCUCCUCCAAUUCUCGCUUUUGGUCCAGCAGCCCCAGCCCGCAGUCGUCAUGUUCUGCUCUUCCGUUUCGACUGCGCUCAAUGCGAAAUAUAAUGAGAUUCCGGAAGAACCGCUUGAUCUCGACACUGCAUACAUGGGCUACGGUCAGUCCAAGCUGGCAGGCGAGCAUAUUGUCAGUGCGGCACACCAGUCCGGCGCGAGAGCGUAUUCUCUUCGCAUCGGACAGGUUUCUGGUCACUCGAAGAACGGAGUGUGGAAUGACACCGAGGCAUUGCCGCUGAUGAUACGGUCUGCGGGGAUUCUGAAGGCAUUGCCUGAUCUGAGUGAGAGUUGUUCGUGGCUGCCGGUCGAUGAUCUUGCUUCUGCGAUGCUGGAGUUGGCGAGAUCACGCUCGCAACUGAGCCAUGACAUUGCGGGACAGGCAAUUGAGGAAUCCAUUUACAAUGUGUGCAACUCUCAUGAAUUCACUUGGUCUGCCUUGUUGGAAUCGGUAGGCAAAACACUUGAAUUUGAGGUCCUGCCGUUUGAAGAAUGGGUGCAGUUGCUCCGAAAGAGUGAGGCUCGGGGCGAGGAACUUGGCAAUCCAGCUGUGAAACUGAUUGAUCAUUACGAGGCUAUGCAUGGCUCUGAAUCGGAUUCGGUGGGCGUGCAGAGUUCGAAGAAAUUUUUGACCGAGAGGUCAGCACGGGAUAGUCCUACUCUGCGGAAUGGCCGGCCGGGGAUUAUUGAAGAUGGUGUUUUGGAUCGCUAUAUGUGCUACUGGAUGUCCCGUUGGGAGAGAUCGUGA